AUGCGCGCGCACGUCCUCGUUCUCGUGCUCCUCUUCGCGCGGGUUCGCGAUGCCGCCGCGCACGGGCAUCUAACUUGGCCUCCCAGCUCGCGCCACGGGGGGAACAUCCACCAUGGCGCAGACUGCGGAGCCGGGCAGUGCUACUGGUUCAGCAAUAACGUGGAGGUGGAAUCCCAGACUCUGCCGAGUUCGCAUCGGACGAUGGAACCGGAGCUCGAGGGGGGCGCGGACGUGUGGAGAAAGUCCCCUUGGAGAUCUCCCGGGGCUGCGCCCGUGUACGGGUCAGGCUGCGGCGUGGCGGGCGGGCACCCGACGGAGGUUUACGCAAACGGGGGCACGCCACCCGCGGGGGUGGCCAUAGGGUUCGACGGGAAAGAACUGCCAAAGGCAAAGUUGGGCCCGGCCAAGUGGACCGUCGGGGGCGUCGCCGAGGUUGCCUGGGCGAUGGCCGCGAACCACGCGGGCGGCUACGCGUACAGGCUGUGCAGAGCCGACGGCGAGGUGAACGAGGAGUGCUUCCGCGCGGGGCACCUCGAGUUUGCCGGCGACAACUCCUCCGUCCUGUAUCCAAACGGCACCAGAGUCUCCAUCCCUCGAGCGGUGGUCGCGACCGGGACCACCCCCGCCGGGUCUCAGUGGGCGCGGGACGGCAUACCAACCUGUCGCACCUGCGCGCGAGCCUACGACAUGUGCGGCGCGCCCCUCGCCCCCGUGGCGGGCCUCGAUUACGGCACGUCCUGGAACAAGCAGGUCAACUGCUUCGCCGAUUGCGCGGGCGCGACGAGCUCAAAGGCGGGGGGCGCGUGCCCGGGGGGCGCCUCGAAGCUCCAGUUCGACCCGAAAUUUUUAGAUCAAGCGCACUACGACGCGUACACCGGGUUCGGGAAGAGCGUGUGGGAGUGGUCGGUCUUGGACGAGGUGAGGGUUCCCGCGGGCUUGGCGCCUGGUCCUUACCUGCUGUCGUGGCGUUGGGACUGCGAGGAGAGCACGCAGGUUUGGCAAAACUGCGCCGACGUCGAGUUGGUGGCGACGGCGUCGGAGGCUGAGUGGCACCUGGCGUCGGCGGAGGCGCUGGCGAGGGUGCCAAAGCCGGAAAAGGCGGCGGCGGCGAAGUUCGAUCCGUACAAGGACGCGACGGGGGAUGAAAACUUCGACUGCGACAAACAGGUGGCGUACUGCGAGAAGGUCAACUACAAGGCGUCCCAGUUCAAGUGCGGAAAAGACGAGGCUUCCACUCGAGCUGAGGUUUGCCCAAAGUUCGAGAAGACGAGCGGGGCGGGGUACGCCAAGCCCGCGCUCGCGAUGUUGGCGUCCACCGUGUUCGCGGUUGAGGUUUUGGGGUUGGAGGAUCCGGGGUGGCUCCGCGCGUUUGCGGUUGCGUCCGCCGCGGUGAUCGCCGCGGUGUUUCAGCCGCCGAGCGCGUUUGAGCGCAUCGCGCAACCGUUCCUGCCGCGCGUUCCGGUGUACCUGCGAGACAAGACGUAGACGCGACGAGAUUUUGGCUACUACCUUCGUAUAAUACCUUCCAAGACUUUUAAGGUGACUAAAUCACUCUAUUGA